CCAGCCGCUCAGAUUCAGUGUUGGGACUGGAGGUUUGUUGUUGUGGUUAGGAUGGUGUCCUUCUAGAUAAGACGCAAAAGGAACAAUGAAAGGACAGCUUCUUCACUUUCUCUUUUUGUCGUCCUCCUGAGACAUAGCUCUCUUCAUCUACCUUUUUUCUGAAAGCAACACAACUGGCGACUUCAAUGGGUGAAUGGGAUCUGCUGGGCCGCCUGCUGCAUAAAGUGCAGAGCAACUCCACGGUGAUCGGCAAGGUCUGGCUCACAGUGCUCUUUGUUUUCCGCAUCAUGGUCCUGCGCGCCGGCGCUGAGAAGGUGUGGGGCGAUGAGCAGUCCAACUUUGUCUGCAACACUCAGCAGCCCGGCUGUGAGAACGUCUGCUACGACCUCGCCUUCCCCAUCUCUCAUAUUCGCUUUUGGGUCCUUCAGAUUAUUGCUGUGGCAACUCCGAAGCUGCUAUACCUUGGUCACGUCCUUCACGUGAUCCACAUUGAGAAGAAGUUGAAGGAAAGAAUAAAGAAGUAUGCUGAUUUUAAUGACCAGACCAGUCUCUUCCUAAGGAGGGCCUACAAAGUUCCCAAGUACACCAAGAGCACUGGCAAGAUCCAUAUCCGUGGCCGUCUCCUUCGCAGUUAUGCCCUCCAUCUUGUGGCCAAGAUUGCCCUGGAAGUUUUGUUCAUCGUGGGUCAGUACUUUCUUUACGGCUUCACCCUCCAGACCAGCUACGUCUGCGAGCGCGUGCCUUGCCCUCACAAGGUGGACUGCUUCCUGUCCAGGCCUACAGAGAAGUCCGUCAUUAUCUGGUUCAUGCUGGUGGCGGCGAUUCUCUCCCUCGCCCUCAGCCUGUUUGAGCUGGUCUACCUGUGUGUUAAAGCUGUGAAGGAGUGCAUGACGAGGAGGCAGGACUACACCGUGACCCCUGUGACACCCCCACUUUCGGAAAGGAAAGCUUUCAAAAGCGGCGAUGAGAUGAUCCAAAAUUGUGUCAACCUGGAGCUAGAGCUCCAUGGACAAAAGUUAGUGGCGAACGGGGCCAUAGGCGGGGUCAGCGAGGCUGCUAAGAAUGUAUCGUCUGAGGGCAACAACAUGGGGGAGGAGGUCCACAUCUGACUCAUGGAGGCAGUGACGUGGUUUUUAUGUGUCCAAUUCUAUUGAGUUUCAGGGUUUGUGUUCUUUUCUUUGGGGAGAAGG